AGCUUGGCUUCCCCAACGUGCCACAGUUAAAUGCUCCAAGCUGACAGAGGAGCAGGGCAGUGUGGUACCGAGCAGGCCCAGGCAGGGAGGCAGGACCAAACCAUGGCUGGCAAGAAGGUCUGCAUCGUGGGCUCGGGGAACUGGGGCUCAGCUAUUGCCAAGAUCGUGGGUAGCAAUGCCGUCCAACUGGCACAGUUUGACCCUCGGGUCACUAUGUGGGUGUUUGAGGAGGAAGUUUCGGGCCAAAAGCUAACAGAGAUCAUCAACACGAAGCAUGAAAAUGUCAAGUACCUGCCUGGGCACAAGCUGCCCCCCAAUGUGGUGGCCGUGCCAGAUGUCGUCCAGGCAGCGGCACAGGCGGACAUCCUCGUUUUCGUGGUGCCCCACCAGUUCAUCGGCAAAAUCUGUGACCAGCUGAAGGGUCACCUGAAGGCAAAUGCCAUUGGGGUGUCUCUUAUCAAGGGUGUAGAUGAAGGGCCUGAUGGCCUGAAGUUGAUCUCCGAGGUGAUUCAGGAACGACUGGGCAUCCCCAUUAGUGUGCUGAUGGGGGCCAAUAUUGCCAAUGAGGUGGCUGAGGAGAAGUUCUGUGAAACCACCAUUGGCUGCAAGGACCUGGCCCACGGCCAGCUGCUGAAGGGGCUGUUGCAAACACCAAAUUUCCGAAUCACUGUGGUGCAAGAAGUGGAAACAGUGGAGAUCUGUGGGGCCCUCAAGAAUGUGGUUGCCGUUGGAGCCGGCUUCUGCGACGGCCUGGGCUUUGGUGACAACACAAAGGCCGCCGUGAUCCGGCUAGGACUCAUGGAAAUGAUCGCAUUCUCCAAGCUCUUCUGCAAGGGCCCAGUCUCCUCGGCUACCUUCCUGGAGAGCUGUGGGGUUGCUGACCUCAUUACCACCUGCUAUGGGGGGCGGAACCGAAAAGUGGCUGAAGCCUUUGCCCGAACUGGAAAGUCUAUUGAACAACUGGAAAAAGAGUUGCUGAAUGGGCAGAAGCUUCAGGGGCCCCCGACAGCUCGCGAGCUGCACAGUAUUCUGAAGCACAAAGGUCUCUUGGACAAGUUCCCCUUGUUUAUGGCGGUGUACCAGGUGUGCUAUGAGGGUCACCCGGUCCAGGAAUUCAUCCGCUGCCUCCAGAACCACCCAGAACACAUGUGAGCAGUGCCGGGGCUGGCUGACCCAACGUCCCCAGCUUCUUGAACCCGAGUCCAGGGCAGGAGGAGGCUCUGGGGCAUCCUGGGCCCCGAGAACUUUUCCAACACUUCAGGGUCACUCACCCUCAGCUCAGCCCUUUCAUUGCCUGGGGUGCAUGAAGCCUUGGGGCUUGAGGACCCACGGAAACCUCCCAACUGGAGGCCAACGCAGACCCAAGCAGUUACCUCAUCUCAGCUCUGGGGGUCCUGAGUUCUUCCCCUCCAGCCAGCUCUUCUCUUUACUUUCUCUUCGGGGAAGGGGGAAACAAACCUCAGUGCUCUCUGGCUAAAAGGGGGCCAGAAUGGCCUACAAAGAUGAUGGGCACUGUCCUGUGUCAGUGGAUUCCAGUGUUUGUAACAAAAUACAAAGAUCUCAACUCCCCUCCA